GCUCCCUUCUUUCUACAUUAUUGUCUAUGCAUUCCCCCAAAAUAUUUCUCGCGUCACCGGGGGCCCAGUUCCCCCGCCCGCUCCCCCUCACUGUAGCCUGAAACGAGAACGGCGGAGCCAAGAAAUAGUUAAUCUCUCCGGCUGCCGCUAUGAUUGGCCGCCGCACGCAUGCAGCGGCUCAGCCUCCGUGAAUGAGAAAGCGGGUAACCAGGCAACUUCAGAGCUGCGAAGGGAGCGCGCUGGGACGCAGGAAGACGGAGCUUUGCGGAAACGAAGAUGGAGACAGUAAACGAGUUUGAAAACGGCGAGGUCAUGCGAUUCCGCGGAACAAAUGGAUUGUCUUGAGCGUGCUCUUCCGUUGGCGCGCGCACGUGAAGGGGACACAGAUGUGGAUUCAAACGCGUACGUGGGACACUGCGCAGGCGAAAGGGUUCAGAGCCAGUGACUGCGAGAGGCUGUCCGAUCGCGUGUGAUGUUCUCUCGAAGGGAAUAAUAGCCACUCCUGACCUACUGUGAAGAACAAUCUUUGAUCCAAUCACCUCUCUUGGGGGAAUUAUUCCUGCGCAAGCGGCGAACAUUCAGAAAAGAGCACCCGUCGACCACGUGAUACUUGACCUUCAAGGAGGCGAACUCCGGAGGAUGCCGAAUCAGAUCUGAAGCUUUUCCCAAGAGGAUCAUCAAGCUCUUCAUGACUUGUUUGCUAAUACGCACACAUCAUGGCCAAGUGAAGAGGGCUAUUCAUCAAUGCUGGAUCUUCGUUCGUAGAGGAGUACCAGACAUCGCAGCAUGAAUAUGAAAUUGAUUUUUCCAGCGGUGACGUGCCCGUGAGAAAGACGGAAGUAGGGGAAGAGUUGGCGUCGGAUCAACUGCUGUGGCCGCGAACCCAUGGUGGACUUGCUGUGAGCCGGACGAGGGACUCAGCGGUGGAGGAUGUCAGCAGAGGCCGAGCUCCAGCCGGGUGUCAAAACCAUCCACAGAAAGGAGUCGAGGAGGAUCAAAGGUCAGGACCGCACCGAGGCGGGGCUUAUUAAGCGUUUCCGUGGAGAUGGCGUACGCUACAAGGCCAAGCUGAUCGGGAUUGAUGAGGUGACAGCAGCACGCGGGGACAAGCUGUGCCAGGACUCCAUGAUGAAGCUCAAGGGCAUGGCUUCCUCGGCGCGUUCCAAAGGGGAACACAAGCAGAGAGUCUUCUUGACGGUCUCUUUCGGAGGGAUCAAGAUUUACUGUGAACGGUCAGGGGUGCUCCAGCAUCAGCACUCCGUCCAUGAAAUCAGCUACAUUGCCAAGGACACCAGGGACCACCGGGCCUUUGGCUACGUUUGCGGAAAGGAGGGCCACCACAGGUUUGUCGCCAUCAAGACUGCCCAAUCGGCGGAGCCUCUCAUUAUUGACCUGCGUGACCUCUUUACGCUCAUCUACGACAUUAAGCAGCGGGAGGAGAUGGAGAAAAAGGCCCAGAAGGACAAACACUGCGAGCAGGCCGUCUACCAGACCAUCCUGGAGGACGAAGUAGAUGAUCCAGUUUACCAGUACAUAGUGUUUGAGGCUGGACACGAACCCCUGAGUGGCCCCCAGUCAGAGGAGAGCGUUUAUCAGGUCCCAACCAGUCAGCAGAAGGAAGGCAUCUAUGAUGUCCCAAAACGCCAUUUCAUGACUAAUAUCAACCACUUCGAUCUUUUCGGCGACAUGUCCACUCCUCCCUCGGUGAGUGCUAUGCCCCCGUCGCCCGCCAACUCGCUGGACCCGAGCAGGAGCAGCCGCCAGCAGCAGCCGCACAAUCCUGCCGAGAUGUACGCCCCCUUCAGCCCCACCUCUGUGCCGUCAGGUUACAUGACCAUGGGCGCCGUGCAGGCGUCCCAGUGGGCCCAGCAGCCGUUUGCCGGCCAGACGCAGACUCUGGCCUUCCCCGUGCAGGGGCCCCUGCAGGUGGCCCAAGUUCUGCCCGGAGGUCAGCCCGUCAUCUGGAGCCAGGCCAACAUUUUCCGAGCCAGCCAGCAGCAGUGGGCGGCCAUGGCGGCUUACGUGCCGGCCCAAACCGUGGGCGUCGGGGGCCACGCCGUCCCGGCCGCCGUGCUCCAAAGCCUGGUGCCCAUUACCGCCGUGCGCCCCCAAGCCUGCGACCUCUCCGCCCCCUCUUCGGCCAUCGCCAGCCCGCAGCACGCCGCCGACCCCGCCCCGCUUCAGAGGCGGCACAGCCUAGGAAAAGACGGCCCGGGCGUGGACUCGGACACGGGGGAGUGCCCGUCUACGUCGGUGGUGUCGGCGAGCGGGCGCGCCGCCCCGGGCCUCGUGGGCGCAACCGACACGCUGGUGUGCGGUCAUCCGUCGGCGCCCCCUGCUGCUCCGGAAGACGAAGGCGGUGACCUUGAUCUGUCUCGGAUGACCUUGAGCCCGGGUCCCUCCGCAUCGCCAUCGACUGAAUCACCGUCCACGCCAGCUCCUCAGCAGAGCUCUUCUUCAGACCGCACCCCCGCCCAAGCCGCUGAUCACCCAAACGUCGACUCCAGCCGUGCCGAGGAGGAGCGAUCGGGCUCUGCUGCCGCAAGGCCAACGUCUCCUUUGCCCGAUGGAGCCUGCGUUCCAUCUGAGGAUCGGGCGAGGCCGCAGGACGACAUGCGUGGACUCGCUUUGCACUGCUGUCUCCUCACCUCUGCGGCACUCAACUUGUGGCUUUCAAGUACAGUCGCUGUGACAUCAGCCAGCAAUGAGGAUGGGAGAGUCCGUGAAGCUCGCUCAGUGGGUGACCAGGCCCAGGUUCAGCCAGUGGACUGCGUUCUGUCCGAGUGGAGUCCAUGGUCAAGCUGUGACGUUUGUCAGGGGAAAAGAUAUCGCUACGCCAAAUUGAGCCAGCCAUCACAGUUUGGAGGGGAGCCGUGUGAUUUUCAUGGCAGGGAGGAGGAAGGCUGUGAGGUUGCAGCACGUUACACCUGCAUCAACAUUCCACUGUGUGAAGGUUUCCUGUGCAGCCAAACAGGUCGCUGUAUCCCACGAACGCUGCAGUGCAACGGGGAGGAUGACUGCGGUGACAUGUCAGACGAAGCGCAAUGUAGGAUGAGUCAGAAGCCCUGCAGACAUGAGGCUGAGGAGUACUGGGGCAUUGAGAACCUUGCCAAGGGCAUUAACAUCUUGAAUAGCAACCUGGAGGGAGUUGUUCUCGAUAACAGAUACUAUGCUGGCAGUUGUUUGCCUCACUACAUCCAGGAUGUCCGAUUCCGGAAGCCUUACAACUUGCAGCAGUACACUUUGCAGACAAAAGGCUCGUACGAUUUCAGUCUCGAGGCUUUUGACUCGUACUCCGACUACACGGAUCACACCACGAAGGAGCGGAUGACUCAAACCACUGUCUCCAUCGGAUUUGCCAUUCCAGGUAUUUUUGAAUUUGGCUACAACCACAACAAAGCCAAAUACUCCAAGUCGGUCCAGAAGAUUCGUCGGGCCUCCGGCAAAGCUUACAGCUUCAUCAGGGCCAAAGCCGAGCUGGAGUUGGCCCAGUACAUGCUCAAGUCAGACAACCUGAUGCUGAGCCCGGAGUUCCUGCAGCGCCUUCGCUCCUUGCCUCAGUCCUACGUUUACGGCGAAUACAGGCAGAUCUACAGAGACUACGGGACGCACUACAUCACAGAGGCCGCCCUCGGAGGGGAGUAUGAGCACACCAUCAUCCUGGACAAAGAAAAGCUGCAGAAGACUGAUUAUUCUUUGACAGACUACAAAUCGUGUACGCAGUCAGGACUUAAGGUCGGCGCCAACAUAUAUGGCGUUUACGUGUCGGUGGGCUUUCAAGGGGGAUCCUGUGAUGGCCUCCUCAAUGAGAUGGGAGAGGAGACCUCACAUGGUAGCAUGGUGGAGGACACUGUGGCGGUGGUAAGGGGGGGCAGCAGCGAAUCCAUUACUGCCUUGGUGUCCCAGAAACUUCCCUCUCCACAGCUGAUGAAACUAUGGGGCGAGGGAGUGCGCUUCAACCCAGACUUCCUUCGCAGAACGACUCGACCUCUGUACGAGCUGAUCACCUCCAGAGACUUCACCCAUGACACCAUCUUGAAGAGAAAUCUGAAACGGGCCCUGUUGGAGUACUUGGAAGAGGCCAGCCCGUGUCGAUGUGCUCCUUGCCGCAAUAAUGGAGUGGCUGUACUCAGAGGCACCAGAUGUGACUGCGUGUGUCCCGUUGGCUACAGCGGCCGCGGCUGUGAGGUCACGCACAGACAAAAAGACAUAGCCGUCGAUGGCAGCUGGAGUUGCUGGGGUUCGUGGUCCUCCUGCAGCGGAAGAACAAAGACGAGGAGUCGCCAGUGCAACAACCCGGCACCCGGCGAUGAAGGCCUGCCGUGCAGAGGCUUGCAGCAGGAGUCCACCGAAUGCUUUUAACAUAGCCCGACUUGCACACAUCUUUUCAAUUCCCUGCUAAGAAUGUUGCUUCAUCACUUUUUUGUCCCCGUGUGCCUCGACCGAUAACAUUUUAAAUAAUAUAAUAAUGAUUGUAACAAUGUCAUCAUUUGAUGUGUAAACGUUCCAUUGGUAGGGUA